CCAAGAAGCUCUCCUCUAGUCACGAGCGCGCAAGACCGCAAGCCCUUUCUCUCAGCCUUUCAAUUACUUCUUCCAUUUUUAAACGGAUCUGCUGGUCUGUUUUGCUUCGACCUCGCUGCAAUCUCGCCCCGUUGGACGACUUCGCCCAGGACUGCUGGACAGCCGACGUGAACCGGGCAGCAGCCUCCUCUGCAGCCCGCCGCCAUUCUACCUAGACAGCGUCUUUAGCAAUUCCACGACGACCUCCCAAUUGGGCUCGUGAGGCGCUCUCGCUUUCGUCGAGAUCGCCAAAAUGAAGCUCAGCCUCUAUGCUGCGCUCACUGCGCUGGCGAGCACGGUCGUGGACGCCUCAACCCUGACACCAUCAGUGCUGCCGCUGCUUGUGCGUAGUCCCUAUCUGAGCUUCUGGCUGCCUCGUGCUAGGCAUGAGCCAUGGCAUCAAUGGCCACAGUUCUGGACGGGGAGUACUGUUGGCUUCGCCGUCAUGGCCCGCGUUCCUGAGACUGGCACCGUCUACCCUUUGUUGGGUCGUCCGCACGAUUUCCUCACCCAUUCUAGUAAAUAUGGCGUCGAUUAUGCGCAUUACCACGGAGCUACUUACGAUGCCUCGACGACCAACCUGACUUACACCCUUGGCGGCUCCGACGUCAAAGUCACGCUUUCUUUCCUCUCCCCAAUCACUCCGACGUCGACCUUCCGCCAGUCUCUACCUGCCAGCUACCUAAACGUUGUCGUAGAGGGCUCUCUCGAUGUGUCCAUUUUCAUCGACAUUAACGGUGAAUUUGUCAGUGGUCAUCGGGAUAGCCAGAUCACCUGGGACUUUAGACAAUCCAACAGCACCAAGCAUGCAGAGGCUAUCAAGACCUGGAGCUUCAAGCGCACCCAGGAGCAGAUCCUCACCGAAGCAUGGGAUAAGGCCGAAUGGGGCACUCUUCACUUCAGCGGACCUGCUGACACCGAUCACCAGUCUGGCGAGAUCCACACAAUCUGCCGCGAGUUUGCAGAGACUAGUGCUCUCAAGAACUACAACGAUGAUUAUCAUCGUGGUAUUUUUGAGAAAGAGCCGGUUUUUGCUUUUGCCAAGACGUUCAAGCUCAGCAAGAAGGCUCGCAAUGGCACUGCCUCUGACAAUGCCCUUUUCACCUUUGCACUUGUCCAGGAUCCGGUUAUUCAGUUCGCCUCCGCCAGAGGUCUGACCCUGAUGCGCCCUCUCUGGGCAUCUUACUUCUCGUCUGUGGAACAAAUGCUCCAGUACCACUACAACGACUAUGACACGGCAGUCUACCUGGCAGACAACUACUCGACUCAGCUUGCCAAGGACGCAUAUGCGUCUGGCUCGCAGGAUUACCAGGAUAUCGUGGCUGUGUCGGCGCGGCAGGUUCUGGGCGGAACCCAGUUUUCUGGAACCCCAGAUGAUCCCAUCAUCUUCUUGAAGGAGAUCUCUUCCGACGGCAACCUUCAGACGGUUGAUGUGAUUUACCCUGCAUUUCCAUUCUUUCUCUACACGAACCCACAGUGGCUCGCCUACCUUCUGGAGCCUCUCAUCGAGCACCAGUUGAGUGGGCAGUAUCCCAACGACUACAGCAUGCAUGAUCUCGGGGCGCACUUCCCCAACGCCACUGGCCACAACGAUGGUAAUGACGAGUACAUGCCCGUGGAGGAGUGCGGCAACAUGCUUAUCAUGGGUCUUGCUCUGGUCAACGGACUGAAAGAUGGCUCGGCAGCUACCUUUUCCCGUGAGGCUCUCCCACAAACCCAAGCCCUGGACAUUGAGCCUGCAAUCAGGGCCCAAGCUCUGGACGAGUACGGUAUGGAUUUGACAUUCCACGAAAGUGGCACAAGUGGCAGAUCCGCCGCCCAGAAGUGGGUGAAUCGGUCAUACAAGCUGUGGAAGCAGUGGACAGGCUAUCUUGUCAGAGAGUCGCUCAUCCCAUCCAACCAGUUGUGCACCGAUGACUUUGCCGGCUGGCUCGCAAACAACACCAAUUUGGCGCUUAAGGGAAUCGUUGGGAUCAAGGCGAUGGCAGGACUGGCUGAGCUCAUCGGUGAAGACAAGGACGCCAAAUACUACAACGACGUGGCCGCCGACUAUAUCGAGAAGUGGCAGGACUAUGGCCUGUCCCGAGAUGGCACCCACGCGAAGCUGGCUUACACCUGGUAUGGCUCAUGGACAACACUGUACAACAUCUUUGCCGAUGCCUUGCUAUGUUUCCACCUGCCCGAGGAGCAGUCCUCGCUGGGACCUAGCCGCUUCUGGACCGAGGACGAGAUCUUGCUGGGGGCAGACAAGAAGUCUUCCAAGACGUUCAUCCCCGACUCGAUCUACAGGAUGCAAAGCAACUGGUACCAGGCCGUCCUGCAGCGCUACGGGCUGCCCCUGGACAGCCGCCAUCUAUACACCAAGAGCGACUGGGAGUUUUUUGCAGCCGCUGUUGCAAGCAAGAGUGUGCGCUCUGAAAUCCUGACACAUGUGGCUGCAUGGGUCAACGAAACGACUACAGACCACCCGCUGACGGACCUCUAUGACACGGAGGGAGACGGCGGCUACCCUGGCAUUGCCUUUAUGGCGCGACCGGUGGUGGGCGGCCACUUUGCCUUCCUCGCCCUGGAGCGGGCUUGCGGAGGCAAGGCGGUGGAGGGACUCAAGUUCCUGGACGAUGCAGAGUCAUUCACUGCGGUGGACGUCGAGGCUGCUCUGAGGGCUGAUAUGCUAGAGAACCAGAGCCAGGACGAGAUCGGGGAGCUCUGAGUGUGGGAAAGACAAGAUUCCCGAUGACAAGGGUCUGUGACGCCACCGCCAGCCUUGCCAUCGCACAGGAGUUAUUAUGACCCUGGCUGGCUGACAUGAACUGGGAGCCAUUCACAUGGCCGAGACGGAAAAUAAAUGCAUGGGACGUAGCACUCAUCAGUCAGUGAAUGAAGCUUUACAAUACCAUGAUGUUCCGCACAAAA